UAACAGCACCUUGAACUACAUGUUUGCUAACAUGCUGCUUAUCAGUACCCUUCUCAGUGCUGUUGGUGUCAUUCAGCUUGAUAGAGGUAUCUUCCUCUCCAGCCUCCUUGUCAAUAUAGGAACAUUCCUUGUGAAUAGCAUAUAUGAUGUAGCAAUGUACAAUAUCAGGUGUUAUGACAGAGAAGACACUGGUGACACUGUGCUGCAGAGCCUGGAAGAUGAGCCCCAGUAUGAUGACAUUUGCACAAUCAGUGAUGGGUUCCAACAAGUUGUGCAUGGAAGUGUGGAGACCAUGAUGAAACAGGUGGCUUAUGACUUUGAGAAGGGCUAUGAUUUAGAACAUGCAACUGUUGAACACCAGGCUAUGGCACAGAUGGAAGAAAUGGUUGCCAAGGAAAGUUUGGUUGUCAAGGAAGAUAUGGUUGCCAUGGGAGAUGUGGACAACAAGAAAGGGAAAACACCCAGCUACAACAGCACUCCCAGCUCCAGUGCACUGUCCACUAGUAGCAUCAUACUCCAGAUGCCAGAAGUCUCUGGGGAAAAUAACAACUACAUUCCUUCUGAGUUCUUCACAUAUGCUCCUCCCCCUAAAAACGCUAGGCUAAACUCAAAGAUGCAUAAGGAAAUGCAGGCAGAGAACCCAAAAUCCCAUGCUGGGAAGAGUUCCACUUCAACUCAAGCUCACUUCAACCCAAGUUUUCUUAUUUCAGAACCAUCAGAUGAGGUGCCAUACACUGAGCUGAAGUCACUGGAGAUGGUGAUGGUCAACAGAAACCGUGGCGGAAAGUUGCCCCGCUUUUUGAUCUAUCCAGCAUUCAUUUUGCUGGUCGUCUCCAUGGCUAUGGCAGUAUUUCUCACCAUUGUGUAUGGCAGAGAACUGAGUGAUAGCGCUGUGUACAACUGGGCUGCUCUGGUAGGAGUGGCACUGGUGGAGGACUUGUUUGUGUUCCAGACACUGAAGGGAGUUUGUGUGUAUGGUUACUGCCUACUUUUCUCAGGAAAUGAGACUGGAUAG